GCCGGUGGCAUGCUCUUGACGUUCUCCCUGAAGUGGCUAGGCGAGAGCAUAUCUAAGAUUGCAUACCUAUAUAAAGCAAUAUAGGGCAAGAGGCCACUGCAAGACGAACGAGAAUGAGUUAACCGUCUUUUAUCAGACAACCUAUGGGGGAAGGGUCAGUUUCAGUCACUUUCAGUGGAACAUACUCAAACUUAUUUGGAUGCAGGAUGACCGAACAUUUAGGUAGGCACUGUUGUGGCUUCUCCGGUCUCCCGUCCAACACUGUGCCACACCAGUAAGCAAAUUUCAUAACGAACAAGUCUAUGGACUUACAGGUAUAUGUAUUUACAACUGCAACUCGACCCUCGACCUGACAUGACAUUAGGGACAUGUUAAUGUAUUCGGGCCUCGGGGAAAUCAAUCAAUAGGCAACACGGCACGUUGUUUAGGCAGUGGAGGCCUGCUGGCUAGGUCUCCAUGGCAACGAUUUCAAAACAAGGACGCCAGACGUCGACGGUCGUGGCGCACAGUCGACCGGUAUUUUUGGGCGUGUGCAAGCAUUUACUGCCUAUUUAUUGUUUGUAAAUGUGAACUGACGUGAAGGUUAAAUCGGUGUCCUAAUAUCUGCAAGUCACCAACGGAAGACAAGUCGUCAGCGAAUGAGAGAUGUCUCUUCCUAACGUCGUGCGUGGACGCUGCGUGGUCGUCGGUGACAGCACUGCUGGCAAGACCGCACUGGUUCAAGUGUUUCUUUCCGAUGGCUCCGACUUUCCAAAAAACUACAACAUGACGUUCACCGUGGAGCUCCAUCAGAAGCAGGUGCGGAUACCGGACACGGCCGAAUCGGUCGAGCUGUUCAUCUACGACUGCUCCGGCAAGGACAUCUACCGGGACGUUCUUCAGAGCGUGUUGAAUCCAAACCUUGCUAUCAUCGUCUACGAUGUCACGAACGAGAAGUCGUUUCAGGCUGCAUCAGAAUGGCACAAGUUCAUUCGCGAAACAAAGAAGGACAAAACAACUCUGCCAGGGGUGUUGAUGGGGUGUAAGACGGACUUAACGGAAAGACGCCUCAUCAGUCCCAAGGAGGGUAACGAUCUCGCCAACAAGCUGGGCUUCGUGUACAUGGAAUGUUCUGCCAAAGACAACCAGAACAUCGACGACGCGUUCUUCUAUCUUGCAAACGAGUGGCAUAAGAUGUACUCGAAUGGUGUCAAUGCAACCCUCAACGCUGCUUGAGUCGCAGGACCGAGGCGAACUGCACUCCCAGCCAUUUGUUUGCGCGCAUCCCUGUUUCGGUCGGCUUCUGUCAAUGUUUGACGGUACUGGUUGGCCCAGCUACAAGAAGACGUGACUGUCGUGUUAAGUCACCGGUUUCGUUUCUCAAUGCCAAUUGAGAAACAAUCAAGUGUCGGUUUGUACUCAACAACUUAUACAUAACCUGAAUUAAGGCGAGGCGAGGCGAGUUAAGUCGCCUGAAUUUAAGCAUGCGUUGAGAAUGCGCUUGUAAGUUGUUACCCACGUAUGUAGGUAGAUGGUUCCGUGCAUGAAAUGAUUGACACGAGAUGCGCAAAAUACAGCUGAGGCGAUGGGAUCAAAAGGAAUGCAUAUUUGUUGUACUGUGCUGGUAUCAAAUAAAUGAGAUGACAAUUUAA